AUGUCUAUAUUUAUCUAUCUAACUCUUUCUCACUCUCACUCUCUCUCUCUCUCUCUCUCUGUAAUUAACUUCGUUCGUUCGUUCGUUCUGUUCUUUCUUUCUUUCUUUCUUUCUUUCUUUCUUUCUUUCUUUGAACACGUUUCUUUCUCUCUGUUCGUAUCUAUUUAUCUCAGUCAUUUCUCCUCUCUUUCUCUUUAUGUCCAUGCGUUAGUCUAUCUCAGCCCAAUAUUAACCGCUCUUUUCUCAGUCUUUUCUUCGCUCUUUCUCCGCCACCCCAUAUCCUUUUUCUUGUACUCUCUGGCCACAUGUCAGACUCUCUUCCUCUCUCUUAAUAUCUAUAUAUCACCCCUUUUCUCUCGCCUUCUAUCUAUCUAUCUAUCUAUCUAUCUAUCUAUCUAUCUAGCUAUUCUCUUUCUUCCUUUAUUUCAGGCUUACGUACAUAUCAUGUUUGUCUUAAGAGUUAGUAAUGAAAUAUUAUUAGCCCGAUUAAUUAUCUAUCUAUAUUCUGCUAAUAUCUAUCUAUCUAUCUAUCUAUCUAUCUAUCUAUCUAUCUAUCUAUCUAUCUGUUUCUGCCAAUAUCUAUCUAUCUAUCUAUUUUCUGCUAAUAUCUAUCUAUCUAUCUAUCUAUCUAUCUAUCUGUUUCUGCCAAUAUCUAUCUAUCUAUCUAUCUAUCUAUCUAUCUAUUUUCUGCUAAUAUCUAUCUAUCUAUCUAUCUAUCUAUCUAUCUAUCUAGCUAGCUAG